GAAAGUGAAUCGCUGCGCUGCGAACAAGGGGGAAGUCCAGCACGCUGGUUUGCUGACUUCUGCCUACAGUUUCUUUGCAGCAUAACCUAGAGAAUAUACGCUCUUGAAAGCACUUAAAGCAACAUGGAUUUCCAAAGCAGAGCUCGCCCGUACAUGAUCCCAGAGGAUGAAGAGACUCCACGCAAGGUCACUCACGAUGCCCGCAGCGCCACGGGAAACGAAGGCGAGAAAGCGGUGUCCAGAUUGCAACGUAGGCACAGUGACAUAAAAGUUUACAAAGAGUUUUGUGACUUCUAUGCAAAAUUCAACAUGGCAAAUGCUCUUGCAAAUGCCAUCUGUGAGCGCUGUAGAGGUGGCUUUGCACCUGCAGAGAAAAUUGUCAACAGCAACGGUGAACUGUACCACGAGCAGUGCUUUGUGUGCGCCCAGUGCUUUCAGCAGUUUCCUGAAGGGCUCUUCUACGAGUUUGAAGGGAGGAAGUAUUGUGAACAUGAUUUUCAAAUGCUGUUUGCCCCUUGCUGCCAUCAAUGUGGAGAGUUCAUUAUUGGUCGUGUUAUUAAAGCUAUGAACAAUAGUUGGCAUCCAGAAUGCUUCUGCUGUGAUAUCUGCCAACAAGUAUUGGCAGAUAUUGGAUUUGUCAAGAAUGCUGGCAGACAUCUUUGCCGUCCUUGCCAUAACCGGGAAAAAGCCAGAGGCCUAGGGAAGUACAUUUGCCAGAAGUGCCAUGCCAUUAUUGAUGAACAGCCUCUCAUAUUCAAAAAUGAUCCAUAUCACCCUGAUCAUUUCAACUGUGCAAACUGCGGGAAGGAACUUACUGCUGAUGCUCGUGAGUUGAAGGGGGAAUUAUAUUGCUUACCCUGCCAUGACAAAAUGGGUGUCCCCAUCUGUGGAGCAUGUAGAAGGCCAAUUGAAGGACGUGUGGUGAAUGCUAUGGGCAAACAAUGGCACGUGGAGCAUUUUGUUUGUGCAAAAUGUGAAAAGCCAUUCCUGGGUCAUCGUCACUAUGAGAGGAAAGGCUUGGCCUACUGUGAAACCCACUACAAUCAGCUGUUUGGUGAUGUUUGUUUCCACUGCAAUCGUGUGAUCGAAGGAGAUGUUGUGUCUGCUCUGAAUAAGGCAUGGUGUGUGAACUGUUUUGCUUGUUCAACUUGCAACACUAAGUUAACACUCAAGAAUAAAUUUGUUGAGUUUGAUAUGAAGCCUGUCUGCAAGAAGUGCUAUGAGAAAUUUCCUCUAGAACUGAAGAAAAGACUGAAGAAACUAGCUGAAACCGUAGGAAGAAAGUGAAGACUGCUCUCCCUUCCUUUAUAAAAAUAUUAUAUAUAUUACUUGAGGGAUUUUUUUCUGCUUUGAGGCUAUAAUCAGACAACAAAUGAUGAUGCAUGCCUUCUAGCUAUCAAAUCUAAGUAUCUUCAAAUUCAUUAUUUGAGAUUUGUUGAUACAUAGAUCAUACUUGCAGACUAAAUUAGUUAUUAACUCACUUGAAAGGAUUUUCACCCUGAUAAUGCAGCUGAAUAGAUGCACAGGGCACAACAGUCUCUACAGAAUUCUACAUAGAAGUAAAAUUUGCUUGUGAAUACCUGCAAAAAAUAUGCUUUGCAAAUGUGUCCAACUUUACAUGUAGUGUCAUUUUUAUUAAUAUAAGUAUUAAUGUGCAAUCUAAGCAUGCACGUAAGACUGCGUGACUUGGGCAAGAAAUCAACUGACCUUUCUUCAUGGAGAAAUCCACUGUUAGAUUCUAGUCCAAGCAGUCCCAUUAACGAGCCUUGUUUCAAAUAGCUUGAAAAAUGACAGAUUUCUAAAUACAGUCACUGCAGAAAUUAUCUCCUUUUAAUAAUUAUGCUUAUAUGAUGAAUCAUUGUGCAUCAGGUUUAGCAUGAAAUACCUAUAUAAAGUAUAUAUUCCUACUGCAAGAAAUGAGCGUACAGAAGUACUUGAAUUUUUGCUAUAUUCCAUUUACAAUAACAUGUUAACUUUUAUAUAUACUUUUGCAUUUUAUUUACUUUUUGUGCCUUAUUCUGCUGGACCAUAGAUAAUAAUGUUCCAUUAAAUAUAUAUAUACAGUUUUAUUUUUAUUUCAUAUUUUUAUGCAGAAAUUGUAUACAUGGUAUUUUCAAAAGAUAACAUACUUUGCCUUAAUUACACAGGAUGCAAGAAGUACUGUAUUUCAAAUGAGGUUAAAAUUUAGCUUCUGGGCUUUGUUAGUUUUUAGAACAGUAUUGAAAAUGCAUAUUUCAAUUAACUGGCAAUAUUACUUUUACACUAGCGAGUGUAAAUAUAAAUGGCUUGAUCCUACUGGGAUCUAUUUCUUUAGCCAUCCUCAAGGACUGAGACCACGAAUUAACAGAUUUCCCUGUCUGGGACUUAACUGUUUUAUACUAUUGACUUCUGUCCAUGCAAACCUGUUUUAUUUUUCCCCUUCCUUAUAAAAAAUAGUUACUUAGGAAUUGUGAUAAUACUACAUUGUCAAGUAUGCAAAUUUUUUUUUCAUAUUAGUGACUUAAACAGAUUUUAUAUAGUUACAUCAUAGCAACUAAAAUUUUAUUUCCUGUUUAUGAAAAAUUAGUUGAUUUAGAACAUCUGCUUUCCAGUGUCAUCAAUAAAGGCUAUGUUAUGGUAA